GCUAGUUUGGUUUGUGAAAUCGUCGUCCCUCCCAGUCGCGCCGCGCUACCGCUCUAUCCGCCAUUUUGAUUUCUACUUUCGCGUGCGUUGCGUCACGGCGUUAGGCUACCAUAUAAGUGACUUAAAUUAAGUGAAAAUACGUUUUAAAGUGUAAUUAACACAACAUAUUUUAAAUCCCAGGAAAACAUAUGCAUACCCAAGCCAUGAACCACUACGGUAAUCAAAGAGGUUUUGGAGGGCCGCCCCAGCCUCAGAGACAGGGCGGUCGCCGUGGAAAUAAUAGAGGUGGAUUUAGAGGACCAACACGUUUUGAUCAAAACAACCAAAAUCAGAGGAAUCAAAAUCAGCAGCAAGGAGGUCAACGCCCCAGUAACGAGCCUAAGCCUGCUCCCCAAGUUGAAAAGCCCCAGCAGCAGGCUCCACAACAGCAACAGCGUCCACAGCAGCAGCAGCAACCACAACAACAACCGCAGCAGCAGCGCCCACAGCAACAACAACAGCAACAACAACAGCAACAGCAGCAAAGGCCGCAGCAGGCACCAGCCCAGCCAUCACCAGCUGCCACACCGCAGAAGCAGGAUGCUCCAGUAGCAGCACCACAGCAGCAGAAACCUAAUACCACCCCCAAUAAGCCUGCGGCCCAAGAUAGUGUUGAUAAUGUAAUUGUAAUUGAUGACCCACCAUCAAAACCAGCCAACCAAAACCAGCAGAAGAACAUGAAUGGAAACUUCGGAGGCAACAAACAAGGUGGCUGGCAAGGUGGAAACAAGCAAGGUGGCAACUUUAACCAAAGCAGCAACUUUAACCAAGGCGGCAACUUUAACCAAGGUGGCAACUUCCAACAUGGACAAAACCAGGGCCAGGGUGGUAAAUUUGGUGGCAAUAAGAACUUCGGCCAGGGCGGCCAAGGAGGACCCUUCGGUCAGAAGCAGGGAGGCCCCGGUGGCCCUGGUGGCCCUGGUGGCCCAGGUGGCCCUGCCCGGAACCAGCAGAGGCAAAGCCGAGGCCCCAUGCAGGAUAAUCAGGGAAAGCCAGGACAGAGAGAGGAACAAAUGCUUGCCAAUAAGUUGAAGGAUCUGGUGGGACCACUGGUUGACUUGCCCCCCCUAGACCAGUCUGAACUCAAAUUCAACGGCCGGAGCCGCCUGUACAUUGGCAACUUCACAUCAGAUAUGACCGAAGAAGAAAUACUGGGCCUGUUCGCCCCAUAUGGAGAAACAUCAGAAUUGUUCCUUAACAAGGAGAAGAACUUUGGAUUUAUUAAAAUGGACUACAGAGUAAACGCAGAGAAAGCCAAACGUGAGUUGGACGGCAAAAUGCGAAACGGCCGAACAUUGCGAGUCAGAUUCGCGCCCCACAACAGCGCAGUCCGCGUCAAGAACCUGCCCCCGUUCGUGUCCAACGAGCUGUUGUACCGCGCCUUCGAGAUCUUCGGCAAGAUCGAGAGGGCCUACGUCAAGGUGGACGAGCGCGGGAAGUCCAUUGGCGAAGGCGUGGUGGAGUACGCUAGGAAGCCCAGCGCUUUAGCGGCCAUUCGCAACUGCACUGAGCGAUGCUUCUUCUUGACCUCGUCGCUACGACCAGUAAUUGUGGAAAGCUUUGAGGAACCUGAUGAGUUUGAUGGUUACCCAGAGAAGAACCUGCCCAAGAAGCACCCUGAUUUCCUACGCGCCCGUGAGUUCGGGCCGCGCUUCUCCGAGGCCAACAGCUUCGAGCACGAAUACGGCACCAGGUGGAAGCAGCUGCACGAGCUGCACCGCCAGAAGGAGGAGGCCCUGAAGAAGGAGCUGGCCGCCGAGGAGGAACUGGAGGCCCAGAUGGAGUAUGCCAAAUACGAGCACGAGACAGAGCUGCUGCGCGAGCAGCUCCGCCAGCGCGAGCAGGACCGCGAGCGCCAGAAGCGCUCCUGGGAGCUGGCCGAGCGCGCCGCCAACGAGCGCCGCGAGCAGGAGCGCGCGCUGCUGCUGCGCCAGGAGGAGGACCUCACGCAGCGCAUGCGCCACCAGGACGACGAGCUGCGCCGCCGCCAGCAGGAGAACACGCUCUUCGUGCAGGCCCAGCGACUCAACUCCAUGUUGGAUCGCCAAGAACAAGGCAUGUUCGACCAACAGCAGCCAAUGGACGGAGGCUUCAGGGACGGAGGCUUCGACAUGCCCCCACGCGGUGGGUACGAUGACAUGCCGCAGGGCCGCGGCUGGGACAACCCGCGCCAAAUGGACGAUUUCCCUAACAAACGCCGACGAUUCUAAACACGCCGCUGCUGACAUGACCUGCAACACUGUUGCGGCCGCUUAACACGUCGUCUACGGUUAAAUUAAAUAUAAAGCGACCAAACAAUGUUCUGCAGCCAGAGUGCAGCACUAGCACGAACCGUAAACCAUAGAGUAAAUUAUGUAUACUAUGCUGUAAACAGUUUUUUGACAUUUUCAAAGAUUAUUUGGUAUAAAUAUGACAUUGAUGCAUCGAGGCGGUUUGUUUACUGUUUGUGCUAGUGGCGCCCCCUUCGCAGAUUUUGCGUAAUAUUCCAUAUUAACGAAAUAUUUCCAAUAUAAUUCGUAGCUCUUAACAUAGCUAAAAUUACUUUACUUAUCCUGGGACAUCUUAAAUCCGCUACGUAUAUUUAAUUUAAUCGCAGAUUUUUAGUACACUGACUUCUGUGUCAUUAAUUCAUCUCUAAUAACUUAAGUGACUUGCGAUUAAAAGUUAUAAAUUGAAUGUAACUCGUAAGCGAAUUAUCGCGCGUUAGCUAUGCGAUAUUUUUUUAUUUAGUAUGAAUGAGGGGUAUGAAUGAGAUACAUGUAUUGUAGAAUAAGAUAGAUCGUACUUUAGAGGCAUCUUAUGUAUUAAAUAAAAGUAUAUAAACGGUUUCCGUUGCUGAAAUGCGACAUUACAUUAAAGUAUUCAGUAUUUUUCAUGAUAAAUGGUAACUCAGACACAGAACGUGCCAGUCACUCGUAAAGCGACUGCACGUUGUUUCAUCAUACGCAUUCAGGUGUCCAAUUAGUUUUCUUUUUCUCUUAUAAAUCGAUUUUGGUGGAGAAUUAGUUUAAAAGUAUUUUUUUAAUUUGAGGUCACAAAUUUAAUUAUUCGUAUGUAAUAAAAUAAUGCGGAAAUAUUAAUUCAUAUAUAUAUUUUGAAAACAAACACGUAUUUUGUCUGAAGAUAUGAAUACUAUUUUUUCUAUUUUCCGUUUUGCCAUUAUUAUGAAUUCAGUAAUCUAUGCUUUGUGCAAACACCAAGGUUUAUAAAAAAAUCUUGCUUUAAGGUACAAAAAUUACAAAUGGCAGGUGCGUGUGAUGGGACCUACCGAUCAAAUAUAACUUAUUUUGUAAUUUUUUUAACAUUUUCACAACACACCUUCUCAGACAUUGCCUUUUCAUGCCAAAGCAUGAUUAAGUAGUUCUCUGUUUUAUAUAUAAGGUCCGGUUCUGACGGACUGCAACUUGUAUGGGAACUGCAUGCCGACUGCACUCCAACUGCAACGUCGACGUGCAGUUCCCAUACAAGUUGCAGUCGAGUUGCAGUCCGUCUGAACCGGCCCUUAGUUUUAUGUUUUAUAUGACUAAAUAGUGCGGUUGCUAGACAAUUCGAAAAGUAGGUUUAUUGGAUUGAGAGAUGUGACAGUGUGCGCGUGCUUUAAUUAGGUAACUACGUAUAGAUAUUUUAGCCCUUUAUCGCGUAUUAUUCGAGUUAAUUCAUUGCAUAUUUUAGGUUUGUAUUAAGGUUUUAAUUUAAGUCUACUAUCUGAAAUGUAAAUCGAUAAAGGGUUAAAUCUUGACAUUGAUUAUUUAUGAACAUUAAAUAAAAGUCAACUUUAUAAUAAAUUACCACUUAAAUAUCACAAA